AUGAUCUAUAAGUACAUUAUGGCUUCUAUCCCUGUUCCCCCUCAGCUCUUAAUACCUUUGUCCACUCAAUCCAACAAGGGGGGCAUGGACAUGAGAUUCUCAAGCGGGUCGGAUCCGGAGCCAUGGAGGUGUAGAAGAACCGAUGGAAAGAAAUGGAGAUGUUCGAGGGAUGUAGCACCUGACCAGAAAUACUGCGAGCGUCAUGCCCACAAAAGUAGACCCCGUUCAAGAAAGCCUGUGGAAAUUCAACCCCACAACACUAACAUUACAACAAGCGCCCUCAACAUUACUCCUACUUCGUAUACAAAUACUCUUACAACUUCUUCAUAUCAACAUCCCAGUUGGGCGAUCCCUGUAUCUGUAUCUUCAUCGAACCAACAAUUUCAGGAAUCAUUGAAUCACUCACCCAGAGUAGGAUCGAAAAGGAACCAUAAUUUUCCUCAAGAACAUGAAUCCCACAACAACAACUACAGUAAUAUUUUGGAUACUACUAGUACUGCAGGUGUUAGGAGGCAGAAUUUCAUUGAUGCUUGGUCGAGAAGUACCGGAGGAGGGGACAACUGUUCUCUUACUUUGUCAAUGCAAUGUAGUGGUGGGAUUGAUGAUGAUGAUCACAAUUUUGAAAUUGGAAUGUUGGAUGUGGAAAGAGAAGGGAAAUCGCAUAACCAGUGGUUGUUGAACCAGAGUUGUUGGAUGGGUUCACGUUCAACACCUGGUGGACCAUUGGGUGAAGCAUUGGGCCUGGGUAUUGCUAGUAGUACUGUGAAUGGGCCUUUGAGUGGGCCAUCUUUUCAUGGCCAUAGUAGUAGUAGUAGUAGUAGUAGUACAACUACAAGCAGCUUGUGCGAGAAUGGUGACACACAUGGCCAUGAACUUAGCUUCAUUAGGUGA